AUGCCUGGUCUAACAGACCGCGACCGGAAAUUCCAACAGUACUUCACCCUCCUAGCACCCCAAUACAUCCACCUGACCUCGAGUACCACCUAUAAUCUUCUUCUGGAAGCCUUUGAGGGGCCUCUCAAAGCACGACUCAGCAGUCUCCUCACCUCAACUCCUUCCGUCAUCGUGCACGACAAUGCUUCAGGCCCAGGUACUGCCACCUCGGCGCUACUCACCUUCUGCCAAACUUCCAAUCUCCCAAUACCCACCGUCUACGCCACAGAUUAUACUGAAGCCAUGAUCGAAGCCCUCCAGCGCCAAGUCCGCGACCAGGGUUGGACCAAAGUCCACCCUCGCGUCGUGGACUCUCAAGCUCUGGACUUUGAAGACACUUUCUUCGACCUCAGCAUAGUCAAUUUCAGCAUCGCCAAUUUCGCCAACGCCGAACUGGCAAUAAACGAAAUGUAUCGUACGCUCAAACCUGAUAGAACAGCCAUAGUCUCGAACUGGGAGACCUUCGGAUUUGCCACCGUUCUUGACGCCGCGAUGAGAAAGGUUAGACCUAAUGCUGGCCAGAUGCCUGUGGCGGGUCCCGAAUUUAUGCAGAAAGAUGUGCUCGUGAGGACGCUUGCUGGUGCUGGUUUCGAGAAAGACAAGAUACAGGUCUAUCAGACGAAGAUUGUGGUGAGUGAUGAUGAGGGGUUGGCAGGGAUUAGUGACUUCAUGAACGGGCCGUAUCUCGGACCCGUGGCUUUGACUUUAUCAGAUAACGAGAAGAGAGAAUGGCCCGGUGCGGUAGCAAAGGUGAUAGAGGAGGCGAAGGUCGCCGGUGGUGGAGUAGUUUGUCAGGCUUGGGUCCUUGCUGCAUCCAAGUAG